AUGAUUCCUCUGAGCUCUCCCCUGGCAGCCCUGUGCCUACUGAGUAUUUGGACUAUAGGACGCGCCGCAGGCUGUGGUGAUGGGCAGAAUGAGGUGGAUGGUCGAUGCUGUGACCUGUGUCCCCCAGGUAAAUAUAUGACUGAGUUCUGCUCAGAGCACAAGCAGACCGUCUGUAGACCCUGCAAGGAGGGCUACUUCGCCGACCAAUCCAACAUGUUUGACAGAUGUGAGAAAUGCAGGACGUGUCAACAAAAAUAUGCUGAGAAAUGUACACCGACCACAAAUGCGAACUGUUCGUGCCUCCCUGGUUUCCUGUGCUCCAACAAUGUCUGUUCAAAGUGUGAGGAAAACAAAUGCGUCAGUGGGGAGAAACCGAUGAGAACAGCCAGUCUCCAGAGUGACGGGUUGAUAGAGUAUUCAUAUCAGUGCGAGCCUUUAUGCACUGAUAACACACAUUUUAAUGAGAAAGAGGGAAUCUGCGAGACACACAGAGAGGGCAGAGACUCCGUUAACUUGAUCCUCGGCAUUGGCUUUGUUUUGCUCUCUCUCAUCCUCCUUGUGUUUCUGUCUAAUGCCUUUAUAAAGACCCUGAGGAAGCACAAAACAUGUGUCCUGCAACAGGUGGAAAUUCAGAUUUUAGGAGGCUGUUUCAGAGAGUUAAAACUGGAGCUGGCUCACUGA